UGCUUCCUCUGAGCAGCAACAGAAAGAAAGCUACUAAACGACAACACAAGCAUUCCCGUCUUUAGGGCCCUUCAUUUUGGAGGCAACCGAAGGUGGAAGUCCGGCGUGAACGGAUCUCACCGCCGUUCUCUCCGGAGCGUCCAGUGUGCGCCUGAUUAGCGUGUCGAAAAUGAGGGACGAGGACAAAAGCGGCGCCGGAGCGGCGAAGAAGAGGAAGACGGGGAGGAUGACGGCCGGUUCUCUCCGCUCCAUCUUCAUGCACGCCGAUGCCGCCGACAAGCUGCUGAUGGCCCUCGGCUUCCUCGGAGCCGUCGGUGAUGGCUUCUCUAACCCGCUGGUCUUGUUCAUCAGCAGCCGCUUGAUGAACCACAUCGGCGCCGGCUCGUCAUCUUCCUCGACGAGCACGUUCCUCCACAACAUUAACAAGAAUGCGGUGGUUCUUCUGUACUUGGCAUGUGGCUCGUUCGUUGCAUGUUUCUUGGAGGGAUACUGUUGGACGAGGACUGGAGAGAGACAAGCCGCGAGGAUGCGAGCCCGGUACUUGAAGGCCGUCCUGCGACAGGAUGUGGGCUACUUCGACCUGCAUGUGACCAGCACGUCCGAGGUCAUCGUGAGCGUGUCCAACGACAGCGUCGUGAUCCAGGAUGUCUUGUCCGAGAAGGUGCCGAAUUUCCUGAUGAACGUCUCGAUGUUCGUCGGUAGCUACUUCGUGGCUUUCCUGAUGCUGUGGAGGCUGGCCAUCGUCGGGUUCCCAUUCGUGGUCCUCUUGGUCAUCCCUGGGUUGAUGUACGGGCGAACCCUCAUGAACUUGGCGAGGAAGAUCCGGAAGGAGUACAACAAGGCCGGUGCGGUUGCAGAACAGGCGGUCUCGUCCAUCCGGACUGUCUACGCCUUUGUUGGGGAGGACAAGACGAUCGCUGAGUACUCCGCCGCACUCCGGGGGUCGGUCGAACUGGGCCUGAGGCAGGGCUUGGCCAAGGGCCUGGCCAUCGGGAGCAACGGCGUCGUCUUUGCGAUAUGGUCCUUCAUGUCCUACUACGGCAGCAGGAUGGUGAUGUACCAUGGCGCCGAGGGCGGGACUGUUUUUGCUGUUGGCGCCGCCAUCGCCGUCGGUGGACUAGCAUUAGGAGCUGGCCUAUCCAACCUGAAGUACUUCUCGGAAGCAUUCUCAGCGGGCGAGCGCAUAAUGGAAAUGAUCAACCGGGUCCCGAAGAUCGACUCCGACAGCACGGAGGGCGUGAACCUCAACACAGUCUCGGGCGAAGUUGAGUUUAGGCAUGUCGAGUUUGCUUACCCAUCGAGGCCCGAUACCCUGAUAUUCCGGGACUUCAACCUGAGGGUCCCAGCAGGCGGGACGGUGGCCCUAGUAGGCGGGAGCGGCUCGGGCAAGUCGACAGUGAUAUCGCUGCUGCAGAGGUUCUACGACCCGCUCGGCGGGGAGAUACUGCUGGAUGGAGUGCCCAUUGAGAAGCUGCAGGUCAAGUGGUUGAGGGCACAGAUGGGCCUGGUGAGCCAAGAGCCUGCACUUUUUGCUACUUCCAUCAAAGAGAACAUAUUGUUUGGCAAGGAAGAUGCAACAUUUGAUGAGGUUGUGGAAGCUGCCAAGGCCUCCAAUGCCCACUACUUCAUCUCUCAGCUUCCUCAGGGGUACGAUACCCAGGUAGGCGAGCGAGGCGUGCAAAUGUCCGGCGGCCAGAAGCAGAGGAUCGCCAUAGCGAGGGCCAUCAUCAAGUCCCCGAGGAUCCUACUCCUCGACGAGGCCACGAGCGCACUCGACUCCGAGUCGGAGCGGGUCGUCCAGGAGGCCCUUGACAAGGCCGCUGUUGGCCGCACCACCAUUGUCGUGGCCCACCGCCUCUCCACCAUCCACAAUGCCGACCUCAUCGCCGUCGUCCAGGAUGGCCGCAUCCUCGAGUCCGGCUCCCACGGAGAGCUCGUCGGCCACGAGUCCAGCCUCUAUGCCUCCCUGGUCCGGCUCCAGCAGACCGAGGGCCACGGCGCCCCUGCCCCCCACCAACACCACGAGGACUUCACCUCACCGACCAUAUCUGCGGUGGACGUGAACAACACGAGCAGCCGGAGGCUCUCACUCGUGAGCCGGUCGAGCUCGGCCAACUCGGCUGCUGGGCUGGGCUGGGCUUCGAUUGGUGGUGCCGACCAGACUGGCUUCCCGGACGAGCAGAAGUUCCCAGUGCCAUCACUUAGGAGGCUGCUCACCUUGAAUGCGCCCGAGUGGAGGCAGGCGUGCGCUGGGUGCGUGAGCGCGGUGCUGUUCGGGGCGGUCCAGCCGGUCUACGCCUUCGCAUUGGGGUCCGUAGUCUCGGUCUAUUUCUUGUCGGACCACGACGAGAUGAAGCGCAAGACUAGGACCUACGCCUUGUGCUUCCUCGGGUUGGCCAUGUUCUCGCUGCUGAUCAAUGUGACGCAGCACUACAACUUCGCGUACAUGGGCGAGUGCUUAACCAAGAGGCUGAGGGAGCGGAUGCUGUCCAAGAUUUUGACGUUCGAAGUCGGGUGGUUCGAUCAGGACGAGAAUUCAAGCGGCACGAUUUGCGCGAGACUCGCCAAGGACGCCAGUGUGGUGAGGUCUCUAGUGGGCGAUCGGAUGGCUCUUCUCGUCCAAACUGCCUCAGCCGUGACCAUAGCAUUCACGAUGGGCCUGGUCAUCGCAUGGAAGCUGGCCUUGGUGAUGAUAGCCGUCCAGCCCAUCGUCAUCGCCUGCUUCUACGCCCAGAGAGUCCUCCUCAAGCGCAUGUCCCAGAAGGCCAUCAAAGCCCAGGAACAGAGCAGCAAGCUCGCCGCCGAAGCCGUCUCUAAUCUCCGCACCAUCACCGCCUUCUCCUCCCAGGACAGGAUCCUCAGGAUGCUCGAGAGGGCGCAGGAGGGCCCGCGCCGGGAGAGCAUCAGGCAGUCUUGGUAUGCCGGGCUCGGGCUCGGCGCCUCCCAGAGCCUCACUUCCUGUACCUGGGCUCUGGACUUCUGGUACGGUGGCAAGCUAGUCGCCGAGGGCUACAUCACCGGGAAGGCGCUCUUCGAGACCUUCAUGAUCUUGGUGAGCACAGGCCGAGUCAUUGCCGAUGCCGGAAGCAUGACAUCGGACCUUGUUAAGGGCUCAGAUGCCGUCGGCUCGGUCUUCGCCAUCUUGGACCGAUACACUAGAAUCGAGCCCGAAGACGAGGAAGGGCACGAGCCCGAAAAGAUAACGGGCCAGGUCGAAAUCCGCAACGUGGACUUUGCCUACCCAGCUAGGCCUGACGUCAUGAUAUUCAAGGAUUUCUCAAUCAGAAUCGAAGCUGGGAAAUCAACGGCAUUGGUGGGGCAGAGCGGGUCGGGCAAAUCGACGAUAAUUGGGUUGAUCGAGAGAUUUUACGACCCGCUCAGAGGCGUGGUGAACGUCGACGGCCGAGACAUAAGGUCGUAUCACCUGCGAUCGUUGAGAAGGCACAUCGCGCUCGUCAGCCAGGAACCCACCUUAUUCGCGGGCACCGUAAGAGAGAACAUCGCCUACGGCGCGUCCGGAAACGUGGGCGAAGCGGAAAUCGCUGAGGCGGCCAAGGCAGCAAAUGCGCACGACUUUGUCGCGUCCCUGAAGGAUGGCUACGACACAUGGUGCGGAGAUAGGGGGGUACAGCUCUCGGGCGGGCAGAAGCAGAGGGUCGCAAUCGCCCGGGCCAUACUCAAGAACCCGGCGAUCCUGUUGCUGGACGAGGCCACCAGUGCGCUCGACAGCCGAUCUGAGAAGAUCGUGCAGGACGCAUUGGAGAGAGUGAUGGUGGGUCGGACCAGCGUGGUAGUGGCGCAUCGGCUGAGCACCAUCCAAAGCUGCGACGCGAUCGCCGUUCUGGCCAAAGGGAAGGUGGUGGAGAAAGGGACUCACUCCUCCCUCCUUGCCAAAGGGCCGUCGGGAGCUUAUUACUCAUUGGUCAGCCUCCAAAGAACCGGGAAUCCUACUUAAGUCAACGAUUAGGCAUUUGGAUGGCUCUUUCGAAGUCGAGAGGGCAAAAGCAUAAGCCAAGAGCAAAAUCUUCUUUCUUGUAAAGGACUUGGAGGGAGAUGAAGCAACAAAAUGGAAGAUGCUUCCUUCUUUUCU